CUUAUUAAAUAGGUAUGUCGAUGAGAUCGCUUCAGCCUCCGUAUUCUGGACCACCGGAAGGAGGGUUCGAAAAUCACAAAGUUGAUGUCGAACAGUCUGAGAUUCGAACUUACUCGGAUGGGGUUGCCGCAAGUAAUCUACCUGGCUUGCAGGAAUCGGAUAUUCAGUCAAACAUGAGUAGGUCUGGUAUUGAAGAUAGCUAUUUUGACGCCAGUUAUUCUCAAGCUGAGGAAAUGGAAAUGGAUGUUGAACUUGCUUCACCCAAUGAGCGCGUAAUGGGAACGGUGCUUGCACCACCAGAAGAAGCUACAAUGGCAGAGACUCCAGAUGGAGUAAUAAGAAGUGAGUUACCCAUUUAUUUCAACGAUGAACCCGAUGAUCUCGACGCAGAGUUCGACUCAGUGCCUAUGACUCAAGACAAUGAAAAUGGAUUUGAAUGCCAGGCUACGUUUCAAAGUCUUGGGAAUGGACAGACUUCUGAAAGGAGACAAUAUUUCGAUCUCAUUCUUUAUGUUCAUUGGCUCAUACAGACACUCGAUGAUUUUUACAAGCUGCUCGAAAAACUGGCUGGUCUUUUGUUCGGACCGGAAUCGUAUAGGUUUCAAGGCCCCCCAAAAGUACGAUUUUACUUCACAGACAUUGACUAUGAAAAAAAAAGAUGGAACUAUGAGCUGGAGUUUGGUGAUGAAACAGGAUUAGACGAAUCGUUGGCACCGGAAGUCAGAAAGAAAUCGAUGAAAACUCCAAGCCUCAUCUAUACGUUCGGGGCUUUAUCUCUUCAAUGCUACGGUAAACGUCAAAGCAACUUCGAGUUGAACACUGAUUUGAAGAAUCUUCUAAACCAAUAUAAGAAUCCUGUCCCGCAAAAACGACCUACUACUUGUGAAAUUUGGGAAAGAAUACUCAAGAUUGAGAUUUAGUUUUUCGACGGGGGAAUCAGUCAAUUGCAAGGUUAAAGGAAGAUUUUUAUGGAUGAACUUGCGUUUUUGUCAGCCCCGUCCCAGAGAAAGUUCCUCAAUUAAUUGAUCUAGUUUGAUUUUUGGCAGGAUGAAGUUCGUUUAAAUGUUAAGGACUGUCGAAGUGCUUUUGAUUUUUUUUGUUUCCUGUCAGUUAUAUGUGCUGUAACUUGCCUUGCUUUCUUGCCAUUUAAAUGUCACAAUUAAUUCAUGAUGGUCAUAUCAAUUAUUCCUAUAUAAGUUUUAUCUAAUAAAAAAUGUGCUAAAUCGUUCCAAAGAUGUUUUGUGAGAGAAAUCUGGCGCACAUUACUACGUAGAUGAAAGUGAUGAAUAGCUGACAUCCGAUUGACACAUUUAG